AUGAAUCAAGUUCAGGGCCUUUGCAUAUUAUUGGCCAAUAGAGUGGUUAGACAAAAUCAGGCAAUCAAUGUUGUAGCCGAGGCAUUGCUGAAAUCUAUUCUUGCUCCUCAUGAUCUGCCACAUCGACCUACUAUGUCACUCCUAUUUUUGGAUCUCACUAGUGUUGGUCAGGCUGAUCGUGUAAGAAGUCUUGCAGAGAAUUUUGUCUGUGACGAUGGAACGGACCUACUAAUUGAUGUUGACUUGUCUAAGUACAGAGACUCGGAUAUUCACUUUUCCGACUCCUAUAUGGGCCUUUGGAGCUAUCAACAGCUUGUCCAGAUGAGGCCACACAGCAUUCUUGUAUUUUCACAAGUUGAGCAGGCACAUAUUUCUGUUUUCAGUGCUUUACUUUCGGUUCUUGAUCAAGAUAUGGGAAAAAGCAAGGUUCUUGCACAACUUGUCAGACAUGCUGAUCCAUACGAUUCUUCUAUUGAAGUUAUGCAACAGAAGAAAAGCGGCUUUAGGUCUGAGUUGCUGAACCAAAUAGACGAGAUUGUAUGUUUCAAUCCUUUUUCUGGUGAGCAACUGAGGAAAGUUGCUAGGUUAUCAAUGAGGGAUGGUCCUCAGCUGGUAAAUGGUCGGCCUCUUGAACUGCCAGCAGUGAUUUUGCAUUUGUUCAGUGCAGCUAGUGAUUGCAUUUGUUCAGUGCAGCUAGUGAUCCAGUGA